UUCAGGAAGUUGAACAAAGAGAGCAGGCGAUCGCUCCCUGCUUGUGUCUGGAAACGGGCUCAGCUUGUCAAAGGGCAAAGAUGCUGUGGCUUCAAAGUUGGACCUUGCAUUUCACAAAUUAUUCAAAACCACUUCAAAGGAUGUUGUGUGAAGCCAGUGCUAAACUACCAGUGUUAACGUUGUUCACCAAGCAUCCCUGUCCUUUAUGCGAAGAAGCCAAAAUGAUGCUUGAACCAUAUAAACAUAAGUUUACUUUGGAGGAAAUAGAUAUAACUCUACCUAAUCAUUCAAACUGGCUUGAAAAAUACAAGUACGAAAUACCUGUCUUUCAUCUGAAUGGGAAAUUCUUAAUGAAGCAUCGGGUAGAUGUACCAAAACUAGAAAAGCAGCUUUUGAAUUUAGAAUUACAAGAUGAAAGAAACAAAUGAAUAAAAAUGAGGAUAUUUAACUGCAAACCAUAAGGAUUGCAUUGAUCAUUUUUGCAUUGCCUUCUGUACAAAAUCAUACCCUGCAAAUUUUAUAAUCAACUAUCAGAGUUGUGUUUGAUGACAUGUUUAUUUCAUAUUGACUAUGUUCUUCACUGACAG